AUGAACGCAGAUCGCUCUAAGGAGCCAUGCCAGGAGAAUCUCUACACUUGCCCUUACACGCCGACACUUUCGGCUCUGGUCAGAUCUAAACACAUGAUGAAGAAGCACGUCAGUCUGUCCUUCGUGGUAAUCAGACAGGGUCAAUCAGGUGCAGGGAAAGGCAAGACCCUCUUGGCUGUCAACAGCGAGCUCGAGUUUGUCCACAGGCUCAUCCCCGUGACUGCCAACCGCACCACUAUUUCUGGCGACAAAGUCACACGAGCAGGUGCACUCGAAGCUUUGCAGCAGGACACCUGGCUUUACAAAUCGCAUUUCGUCAUGAAAGAUGAACACCUGACGCUGCUCGAUAUUAUGGAGAGAGACAUUCCUCACGCUGAGUUUGCGUUCUUAUCCUCUUGUCAUAACGCCGUCAACGACGAGGAGACGCCCGACGAAGUCAUUCACCUCACAGCUGGUCUCCAGUUUUCGGGGUUCAAGAGCGUCGUUGGCACCCUGUGGGAGGUCGACGAUUCUGUCUGUCAUGGACUGUACGAAGGCGAUCUGGGUACUCAACUGCGCUACACACGCCGUAAGGACGAAAGUGUCGCCCGAGCAGAGGAUGGGUUUCAUUCAUAUCGGUAUGUAAUUCUACGUCCAAUCAAUUCCUUGGGGCUUGUCGUUCUCGUCACUCACUCGUUGAAUGAGAAUUUCACCAUCGACGGCGAGCCUUACUUGUUCCUCAUCUAUGCCACUAUUGUCCAGCUUUAA